CAUUGCAGCUUCUUUCCAAAUUGAUCCUCUAAAUUCUUCUUGUACCACCAAAGUGAUAUCUUUUCUACUCAACAUUUGGUCACAAAUCGAACUUUAGACACACAAACGUUUGUCGCUUCAGAUUCUUUUAUAUUCUAAUACACCUUGAAACAAGAUAAUUGAUCUUUACAACACUCCAUUCGUUCACAAUGAACAAACCAAUAAGUUCAUUGCUGCUUGCAGCUACUCUUCUGGCCAGCGGCUCCAUUGCACAGCAAACUGUUUGGGGACAGUGUGGAGGGAUAGGAUAUAGCGGCCCGACCAACUGCGCCGCUGGAUCGGCCUGUUCGACUCUCAACCCUUAUUAUGCUCAAUGUAUCCCAGGCGCCACCACCAUGUCCACCUCAACCAAGCCAACUUCUGUCCCAGCAUCAACAACUAGGGCGAGUUCAACAUCAUCAGCUACUCCGCCUGCCGGCUCUGGCCUAACUCGAUUUGCGGGAGUCAACAUUGCCGGAUUUGAUUUCGGCUGUGGGACCGAUGGAACUUGCGUCACCUCGAAGGUAUACCCGCCACUGAAGAACUACGCUGGUACAAACAACUACCCUGAUGGUGUCGGUCAGAUGCAGCACUUUGUCAACGAUGACAAAUUGACCAUUUUCCGCUUACCUGUCGGGUGGCAAUACCUUGUGAACAAUAACUUGGGCGGAACUCUAGAUGCGAACAACCUUGCCAAAUACGACCAGCUUGUUCAGUCUUGCCUCUCUCUAGGUGUAUACUGCAUCAUCGAUAUACACAACUAUGCACGUUGGAAUGGUGGGAUCAUUGGCCAAGGUGGGCCUACAAAUGAUCAGUUCACUAGUCUUUGGUCGCAAUUGGCAACCAAGUAUGCCUCUCAGUCGAAGGUUUGGUUCGGAAUAAUGAAUGAGCCACACGAUGUGAACAUCAACACUUGGGCCACCACUGUUCAAGCUGUUGUCACCGCCAUUCGUAAGGCAGGUGCUACUUCGCAGUUCAUUUCCUUGCCAGGAAAUGAUUGGCAAUCUGCUGGAGCUUUUAUUUCCGAUGGAAGUGCGGCAGCUUUAUCUCAGGUCAAGAACCCCGAUGGCUCCACUACUAAUCUGAUUUUUGAUCUGCAUAAGUAUCUGGAUUCCGACAAUUCUGGCACACACGCCGACUGUGUUACAAACAACAUCAAUGAUGCCUUCUCACCUGUUGCCACUUGGCUCCGUCAAAAUAACCGCCAGGCUAUCCUAACUGAGACUGGCGGUGGUAAUACUCAGUCAUGCAUUCAAUAUCUCUGCCAACAGUUCCAAUAUCUAAACCAGAACUCUGACGUCUACCUUGGUUACGUUGGGUGGGGUGCAGGCUCAUUUGAUAGCACUUAUAUCCUGACGGAGACACCAACUGGAAGUGGAAGCUCUUGGACUGAUACGUCUCUUGUAAGCUCAUGCAUCGCUCGUAAAUAGUGCUGAGAAAGUGAGCGAUUGAGCGCAGGCGCAAAAUUUUCUAAACCUUCUUUUUCUUCUGACUGAACAUAGUUUUUAACCAAGGACUUUUUGGUAUUUACCUUUUUCUUCACAAGCUUUCCUCAAUAUUG